UGAAACGAAGAGUAAGAGGCUUUGAAAAGGCCAAUGCAGCGUUCGUGAGGAAACCCUGAUUUCCCAUCUUUAUUGUAGGUCCCAAACACAUCUGAAGAAGAGAACGCUGGUUAAUAAUAGCUAGUUAGCGAUUGCAUAAAGAUGCAACUGGCUCUUAGUAAAACCUUUGGCCAGAAACCAGUUAAAUUUCAAUUAGAACCAGAUGGGGACUUUUACAUGGUUGGAUCUGAGGUUGGAAACUAUCUGCGCAUGUUCAGAGGCUCUCUGUAUAAAAGAUAUCCAUCUUUAUGGAGGAGGCUAGCCUCGGUGGAGGAGAGGAAGAAAAUCGUAGCAUCAUCACAUGCUACUAGUGUUACUCUGCUGAAGGCAUCAGAAUGUGAAGAGAUCUUCGAGGGUAAUGAUGAGAAAUACAAGGCGGUGUCCAUCAGCACAGAGCCCCCAGCUUACCUCAGGGAGCAGAAAGCCAAGAGGAGCAGUCAGUGGGUCCCCACGCUGCCCAACAGCUCUCACCAUUUAGAUGCUGUGCCUUGCUCCACCACCAUCAACCGUAACCGAAUGGGCCGUGACAAGAAGAGGACCUUCCCACUGUGCUUUGAUGACCACGACCCUGCAGUGAUCCAUGAGAAUGCAGCCCAGGUAGAAGCACUGGUUCCCAUUCGCCUAGACAUGGAAAUAGACGGACAGAAACUGCGAGAUGCCUUUACGUGGAACAUGAAUGAAAAACUGAUGACCCCAGAGAUGUUUGCAGAGAUUUUAUGUGAUGACCUGGACCUGAAUCCUCUGGCCUUUGUCCCCGCCAUUGCCUCAGCCAUUCGUCAGCAGAUUGAGUCCUACCCCACUGACAGUAUACUGGAAGAGCAGGCAGACCAGAGAGUCAUCAUCAAGCUGAAUAUCCACGUGGGGAACAUUUCUUUGGUGGACCAAUUUGAGUGGGACAUGUCAGAGAGAGAGAAUUCACCGGAGUCAUUUGCACUGAAGCUGUGCUCUGAGCUGGGUCUGGGUGGAGAGUUUGUAACGACUAUCGCCUACAGCAUUCGUGGUCAGCUCAGCUGGCACCAGAGGACCUAUGCCUUCAGUGAGAAUCCACUCCCGACAGUAGAGAUUGCCAUCCGCAACACAGGUGAUGCAGAUCAGUGGUGCCCCCUGCUGGAGACCCUCACAGAUGCUGAAAUGGAAAAGAAGAUCCGAGACCAAGACAGGAACACAAGGCGUAUGAGACGACUGGCCAACACUGCUCCUUCCUGGUAGAAAGAGACAUGAAGCUGCAUCAGAUGAUGUGUCCUCUGGAGACUCCUGGUACUCAGAUGACGUGUCCUCUGGAGACUCCUGGUACUCUGAAAUGAUCACCAAAUACAUACAAAGUCACACACACACACACACACACACACACACACACACACACACACACACAUACACACACACACACGGAUGUUCCUGUAAGCAUGACUGCACUCACAGACACGUUGUCAGUCUCCAUGGGCACCUCACUGUCUGAACACAACACACAAAUCCAAGCAUUCUUCUGCACACACAGUAUGCCGUCAUUAUGUUUCACCUUGCCUUCAGCACAUCAGUCAUAGCAACAGUUCAGAUCUAACCCUAACUAAAAGUUACACACACCACACCAUGUAACAUUCACACUGCGUAUGUUAAGUCAAAACACUUGGGAUUACAGUACAAUGACUGAUUUUAAUGUAUCUGUAUGAAUACAAUAUGGACAUUGUUUGUAUAACAUCAUCAGGGCAACUCUUACAACAAUCAUUUUAAAUUCUUCAGACCUUUGUAUUUAUGUAACAGAGGUCUGCCGUUACCCUGUCUACUAUGGUCAAAAUUCCAGUUGAAAUGACAAAAAGAUCUAUGAUUGAGCAGUCUAAUUUACAUUAGACUGGCUUAAUCAACGUGUAGUACUGCACUGUAAGUGUUUUUUGUCAUUGUCACAGUAAUAUUAAUUACACUUGUGUUCCAGAUAUGACAAUUCAAAGGCCCAAUUGACACAAAAUCUCUUAUAUUGAAGACACUCUUAUUUACAUUCAGCACAUACAGACAGGUGACAAAUUAAAGAAAAAAACAACAAAGUGUCUUAGGUGUUGGAACACCAUUCUUCCAAAAGAAGAUGGUGCUUUGAUGGUUGGCGAUAAGGCCCUGUCUGACACGUCAGUCCAAAAUAUCCCAUAGGUGUUCAAUUGGUUUGAGAUCAGGGGACUGCAAAGGCCAAUGAUUCACAGCAUUUUCAUACUCUGCAACCAUUCAGUGACCCCUCGUGCCGUAUGGAUAGUGAUACUUUGAUCCUGGAAGAGACCACUCCCAUUAGGAUAGAAAUGUUUCAUCAUAGGAUAAAGAUGAUCUCUCAGAACAACUUUGUAUUGUUUUGCAUGACCCUUCCCUCUAAGGGGACAAGUCGACACAAAUCAUGCCAGCUAAAUGCCAACCACAGCAUAACUGAGCCACCAGAUACCCUCACUGUAGGGGUCAAGCAUUCAGGCUUUAUUGUUCUCUUGGUGUACGCCACACAUGAACUCAUCCACUUGUCGAGAAUAUGAUGGAUGAUUCAUCUGACCAAAUCACUUUUUUCCACAUCUCUGUUGACCACUGCCUAUGGUUUUUACACCACUGAACUCUCAAAUGUGCAUUCAUCUUUGUAAAGAGAGGUGUAUGCACUGCAACACUGCUAUAGUUUUCCAUCUCUAUGUAAUUGUCAAGGGACUUUUCUUGCUGACACAGUCUGAUUACGUCCUGAAUUGACAUUCCCAGUCACCUUAGGAAGAAUUGUUCUUUUUUUCUUUACAUUUUGCACUAAUGCACGAGCACGAGCAUCAAAUGACUUUUUCUGACCCUAUUUACUGAUGUCUUUCCCAUAGAUCAAAAUGUACUUUAGAUCACUGUUCCUUUUGAAACACUAGCCAGUUGAACUGUCUUUGUGACUGAAGCUCCUGCCAUCCAUGUCCCAACAAUGAACCUUCUUUCAAAGUUACUUAUGCUGCGUUCAGACUGCAGGCCUUAAUGCUCAAAUACGAAAAAAAUCAGAUAUGAGCAAAAAAAUCGGAUUUGGGUCACUUUUGCCUGCAGGCUGAAUGUAGCCUUAGUUCUUUUACUUUUGCCAGCUUGAUACAAAAUCAGAAUCGACUGGGCCUGUUCAUCAUUUUAUACAAGCCACAGAGCAUGACUGGAGGUUACUUGAAUUGUACCAUGUAGUGUACCUGUGUGGAAGCUUCUGCAUUAAUUAUCUUUCCCUACUCAUUUAUUCAGGUUUGUCCUUUAAUUUGUCACCUGUCUGUAUAUGCGCCUCUGUUGGGCAGAUCUCCAAUCUGUUUGCAAUCGGUCUUUGUUUUUUCGGCUACAUGUAAAUCAGGGUCAGCCUUUCUCCAGUCCAGAAGUAGGUAAUGCAACUGAAGCUGAAUGGUAACUGCUAAAAAUGCCAGAAGAAGAAUAACUUCUGCACUUUAGCAGUUUGGUUACAAAAGUUUAGCUAGCAAUGGCUAACAACUAUCCAUAAGUUAACACAAACAUAUGAAUGAAUGUUAUGUAUGAACUACGAGUGAGAUAAAGUUUUUUUGUCUUCAUGACUCGUGCCGCUCCCCCACCCCAUACAGAUAAAUGCUGUCUCACCCACAUGAAUCAUUCAGUGAUCAACUUUACAGUAUCUUGGUGCACCUUGUAUUUUAUCAUGUGGAGAAAUGGCUGGAGCUGUUUUGCUUUUGCUUUUUAGCAUAAUUUUAGUGUAACUUCAGCUGCUAUUAUUACAAAUACAGAGGAGACAUACUGUUGAUAUAAUAAGACAAAUGGAUAUAUCCACAGACUGCUUACUGACAUAAGUAUACUAUGGGAGGAGUAAAGAUUACAGAUGUGUCUUGGAAAGAUGGAUUAAUUGUUUGUUGAUCCAGAUUCUCAUAUGCAACAUUGGCUUAAAUGUUUUCCACAGCAGACAAAAGAGCAGAAAUGGGCCUGGCGCCACUAGUUGCCAGUUGUAUUUUUUCACCCUCUGUUUAACCAUUCUGUAGAAAAAUAGCAAAAACAAUAUUAUUGGCCAAGAUACAUGAUGUAAUCGCUUAGCUGUUGUUUCAGACCAAUUUGUUGUGUUUAAGGCAUGUGUGUAGGAGCAGUGCUGUCCAUCUGAAACAGAGCUCGAUAGAACACAUCACUUAGUUUAAGCCUGCUUGCUUUAAUGGUUUCAAAUGGAACUUUCGGCCCUAAUUCAAUUUUCCCUCCAUUUAAGCAAUCCACAGAAGGAAAAUGACAGGGUAGUGAAGAGACAGUCAACAAGAGAGAAAGAGAGAGGUGCAAGCCGCAACCGGCUGUUUUUACACUCGUACGAAUCGUUCAUAGAUUCAAAACAUAUUUAGCGCUCUGCUAGUACUACAUUCUGAAGUGAGUGCUCUGAUUAAUAAGUGUAUUCUAAAAUAGGCUAUAUAUCAUGAUUUAUUAGGAGAAACCAAGUAAUUCUAUAUAAAAUCAGACAUUCAGCACCCCCAUAGCCCGGAUGGAAUGAUCCUUGUUUUUAUAACCAAAUUUUCUGACACUGCAACAAUUUGAAAGUGAGAUUCGUAGUUGAAUCGGGCUCCUUCAAUUAGUCACCUAUUUGGUGGCACCCCCAGACUAUAUAUCAAACCUUUGUCAGUGGAUGAUACAUCAGAAAUAGUACAUAAUGCCACUAUGUGUAGGGUUUGAACAUGAUAGCGGGAGGACCCAAAAAGACAUAAAAGUCACAAUUCUCAUUAGGAUAGUGUGUAUUGGUAAGCAAACUUUCCUACAAACAAACUCUUAUGCUAUCAGAAUCAUUUGGAAGAUGCAAUAAUCUGAGUCAGUAAGUCCUGCUUAUUUAUAGGGGCUUUAAUACAUGUUAGUGAGCCACAUCAAAGUGUUUUGGCUACUUAGGUAUACUGUGGCUGGUGUUAGUGUUUUUUACCUGACUGAAAUAACCAGUGUGCAUGUGUAAAAUCAAACUACAACAAUCCCUGGUAAUGUCACUGCUGUGUACUGCUCAGUACCAUAAAGUGUUUGCAGCCAAUUAGAGAGGGGGUUUGAUUUUUGCAUGUAGACAUGUUAUUUGUGCACCUGUGUUCAUUUGCAUGCUAAAACAUAGGAAGUUCAUACUGUACCCUGUGCAUGAGGGACUGAUUAUUCCCAUUGUUACUUCUGUUUGCACAGUGCCUCACAUUGCAUCAGUGUCAGCAAGCUGACAAGAACCAAAGUAAAGUGAUGAUUUUCAAGUUGAACAUAUGUUAACGUAUGUAAUUCACUGUCACUUCUUGUCCUCUUCUUUUAUAAAAUUGCUAUACCUUUAUAGUGGACUUGUUUUUUUAAUAUGAAAAGUAACAUUAAAGAAAAACUUGUUGGAAAA